AUGAGCACUGAAUACACCGUCGUUAUCGAGAAGGACGAGGACGGCUACUACGUAGGGAGUGUUCCCGCCCUUCCGGGUUGUCAUACCCAAGGCACGUCAAUUGAUCAGUUGCUCGAACGGAUGCAGGAGGCAAUCGCCCUGUGGCUUGAGGUUGAGGGCGAAGACGCGCCAAAACCGCUUGAAUGGGUCGACCACUCGACAAACUUCCUUAGGAGGUCGUAA